UUGUAAGUGUUGAACAACCCUGUACAGUUUGUCGUUUAUCAACACCAACUGCAUAGGCCGAAAUUGUUAUUGGAUAGAUUUUAGAUUUUUGCUUUUAAACAUGACUGCCGUGUUUCGAGUUGGCCUGGUGCGACUGGUUAGCCGUGGCUCAACCGCUUCUGCCCCUACCACACUGCUGCAGGCCCAGACGAAUGCAUUGCCUGCCGCAUUCAUGCAGAAGUGCAAUAUAUCCGGCAAAACGAUGCGUGGUGGUCCACGGUGUCCCAAAGUGGCGCCCUACCCGUACAAGACGAAGAAGUACAAUGUUUUAAGCUCCAUCUUCGACAAGACCACCAAGCGUUUCGAUGAGAACUCUAAAGUUAUUUGCGUGGAGGGUCCCAUAGCAUCGGGCAAAACAAAGUUCGCUAAGGAGUUAGCCGCGGAGUUAGAUAUGCAAUACUUUCCGGCCGUUGAUUUAGAUCUGAUCUUUAUUAAUUCGUAUGGCUUUGAUAUGCGUAAACUGGACCCAGAGCUGCCUCCCAGCUGCCGCAGCUUUGACAUUAAGGACUUCUGCGCGAAUCCCAAACAUGUCCAGGCUGCUCAGUUCCAGAUUCGCAUGUACAUGUUGCGUUAUUCGCAGUAUGUCGAUGCACUGCAGCACAUCUUGUCCACGGGCCAGGGCGUGGUCACGGAGCGCAGUCCCUUUUCCGAUUUUGUCUUUAUGGAGGCCAUGUUCCGCCAAGGCUAUGUAUCACGCGGUGCUCGUUCCGUUUACAACGAUGUGCGUCAAAACACCAUUGGCGAGCUGCUGAAGCCACAUUUGGUUAUCUACCUAGAUGUGCCCGUUGAUGUUGUCCAGAAGCAAAUCAAAGCGCGCAACAUUGAGCACGAGGUGAAAUCGAAAGCGCUCACCGAUUCGUAUUUGAGCGAUCUAGAAGUUCUAUACAAGCAGCAGUAUCUAAAGGAGAUUGCUGGACAUGCCGAGCUGCUCAUCUACGAUUGGUCAGCCGGCGGCGAAACUGAGGUUGUGGUGGAGGAUAUCGAACGCAUUAAUUUCGAGCAGCACGAAACGGAUCCGCACAACAAGAAGAUGCUCGACUGGCGUUUCCCACUCGAGAGCGAGUGGUGCGAGGCGCGAAUCAAGUACUGCAACGAAAAGCCCGAGUUGAUGAGCUACUUCAAUGUGCCGCGUUACGAUGUGCCCGAGCUAUUGCGCAGCGCUGACGACGGCAAAGUCUGGCGUGACGUCUGGUUCAAUGCGCCUGGCAUGAAGUUCCGCCCCGGCUACAAUGCGGAUGUGGGUGACACUGGCUUGCUGACCAAAACCAAGUUGGGCCUGAACGAGCCAUUCUAAGCGGGCCAUUUGUGUGCUUUGAAUUCAACUGGCGAAAUGUGUUAAUUAUGUAAUAAACAAUCUAGUAAAAUAA